AUGUUGUCAGACAGCGUGGAGUGUGUUGGCGAGGCAGCACGAGGCCCCGCCGUGGGCCGUCUAACCCCCAGGACUGGCAGAUGUCGCGUUGUGAUGCCACUCAACCCCCCUGCCACGCAGCUCCUCUGCCCUCUCCUCCUGCCUCACCCACCAGCAGCCACAACAGCUGGGCUCACAGUCUCCGGAGUCUGGAGCUGCAGUAGCCUGGAGGAAGAGGGCCCCCUGCCGGCCGAGCCUCCCCACAGCAGACGGCCCAGCCUCACGCUCCACCUGAGUCAGUCAGAGGCAUGCUGGGAACUCCAGUGGCUCGGACUCAGGCAUCAGAUCAGUACAGGAGCUGCAGUGCCGGCGGACGCUCCCAGGCUGAACGUUUCUCUGAAGCUUCAGCUGUCGUCUCUGCUGGGAGCGACGCCUCCCGCCGGCCUGCAGGGUGUCCAGUCUGCUGGAAACGAAGAGGAGGAGGAGGAAGAGGAGGAGGGUUUGUUUACCGGCAGUUUGAAGAUGGAGGCGAGCACGGAGGAGGACCCGGCUCCAGCAGCGUUACUGUGCUCCGUUCUCGGCCUCGGUGUCACUCCGGUGUUCGGUCACCAGCUGUUUGAGCUGUACCGGCUCCAAACGGCCGCCCUGAGGCGACGGAGGCAGCGGGAGAUGAUGGAGAGGGAGCGGCGGCGGCGGCAGUACCUGCGGAGGAGGAGAGCCUUCCUGAUGUCCUCAAUCGCGGCUGCGCUCAGUCUCCUUUCUUCCACCAGCAGACCCGUCUGGGUCCGAGCCCGAGGCCCCGGACAGAACCUCUGGGCGACGGCCGAAGCCUUCGACGACGAGGAGUGGAAGGCGCAGUUUCGCGUGUCCCGAGCAACGUUCGACUACCUGGUCGAACUGAUCGGCCCGGCGAUUAAACGUCGCAAGACGAACUACCGCGCCCCCAUCGAGCCGCGCCGCAGGCUGGCCAUCACCCUGUGGUGGUUCGCCCGGUCCGGAGAGUACCGCUCCAUCGCCGACAUGUUCGGUGUGGGAAUAGCCACGGUGUGUAUGAUUGUGCGUCAGGUGUCCUCGGCCAUAGUGGAGCGGCUGUUUCACCGCUUCGUGUCGCUCCCGAGCGGCCCGCGGCUGGACGACACCCUCCGGGCCUUCAAGGACCGCUGCUACCCGCAGUGCGCCGGGGCCAUCGGCGCGACUCACAUCCCCAUAGCCCCUCCGAGGGACAACCCCGACCACUAUAUCAACAAGAGGGGGUGGCACUCCGUUAUCCUGCAGGCUGUGGUGGACCACAGCGUUUGCUUCACGGAUGUGUAUGCUGGCUGGCCCGGAAGCAGCAGCAGUGCCACGGUGCUGUCCAGCUCAGACCUGUACCUGAAAGCAGAGGACCGCCCAGAUGGUUACCUGUUUCCCAGAGAGAGGUCGCUUGUGUCUGACGGAGUGGAGAUCCCUGUCCAUCUGAUCGGAGAUGCUUCCUUCCCUCUGAAGCCCUGGCUGAUGAAAGGAUACAGCGAGGAACGGCAGCUGUCCCCCGAGCAGCGUCGCUUCACCUACACCCUGUCGUCAGCUCGCUCGGUGGUCGACGCUGCUUUCACACGGCUGAAAGGACGCUGGAGAUGUCUGCUGAAAAAGAGCGACAUUGACAUCUCCAUGAUGCCCAGAGUUGUCGCUGCGUGCUGCAUUUUGCACAAUAUUUGUGAAAUUCGAGGAGACAGUUUCCUUCCUGAGUGGAACAUUGAGGUGGCUCCUUCAGGAAAUUAUUUAAGACAACCUGAUACAGAAGCCUGUGAAAGAGACGCGUACUGUACUGCUGAGGUCAUCAGAGACACUAUUACUUAUAACUUGUUGACUAUACUGCAGUACUGAGCACAGAGGCUGGCUUCAGGAACAUCUGCAAAGGUGCCACAGCAGCUAAGUCAGCAUCAAGACAGAGACUCGACACGACUGCAGCACUGGGACUUUACGAGAGGUUGAGUAUGUCAGCAAACGGAUGUUAAAGAGAUCUGGAGCCAGGGCCACGAACCAAGUGCAGCCUAGGCUGAGUCUGACACCAGUGAUCUGGAUUCUAACUGGCAUCAUGGAGCUGGUGAUCAGCUGACCCUAUAUAAAUAUAAACAAUAUAAACAGUGUAAUCACACACACACGGUUCACAUCCCUUCACUUUGUGCUGUAGAUUCAAGUU